ACCCUCAGAAGCCCACGGAAAUCAACGUUCGCGCCAACUCAGCCUCGCGUCUGUGGCACUAAAGUUUGAAUUUCCCGCCCAGGUGCGCACGGAGCUUCCCACGUGACCCCGAUAGCGUAUAAAUACCGGCAAAGAGUUAACAGGUGUCUCUUUUCCAACUCGCGCUCAGAGAGGAAGCAUCACCAUGACUCUAUACAUAGACCAAGCAGCUAAGGUGGCGGCUCUGAGGGCCGAGGGAAAAGAGUCUUUUCUGUUUACGAGUGAGAGUGUCGGAGAAGGACACCCAGACAAAAUUUGUGACCAAGUGAGCGACGCCAUCUUGGAUGCCCAUCUGUCGCAGGACCCGGAUGCUAAGGUAGCUUGUGAGACGUGUACAAAGACUGGUAUGAUCCUGGUAUGUGGAGAAAUUACGUCCAAAGCACACGUUGAUUACCAGAAAGUCGUUCGAGAGACAAUUAAGGAGAUUGGCUAUGAUGAUUCCAACAAGGGUUUCGACUUCACAACAUGUAACCUCCUGGUCGCCAUUGAACAACAGUCACCCAACAUCGCCGGAGGUGUUCACGUCGACAGAGCUGAGGAGGAUGUUGGUGCCGGUGACCAGGGCCUCAUGUUUGGCUAUGCCUCCGACGAGACCAAGGAAUGCAUGCCCCUAACAGUCGUGCUCGCCCAUCGCCUCAACGAGAAAAUUGCCCAACUGCGACGAAACGGGACCUUCUGGUGGGCGAGACCGGACAGCAAGACCCAGAUCACAGCCGAAUAUUUCUUUGACAACGGGUCCGCCAUCCCAUUCCACGUGCACACCGUCGUCGUGUCGGUCCAGCACUCCGAGAAGAUCACCCUGGACCAACUCCGGACCGAGGUCAUGGAGAAAGCCAUCAAGACGGUGAUCCCUGCGGAGCUCCUGGACGAGAAGACCAAAUACCACAUCAACCCUUGCGGGGAUUUCGUCAUCGGAGGACCUCAGGGCGAUGCGGGUCUCACGGGCAGGAAGAUCAUUGUUGACACGUACGGGGGUUGGGGAGCUCACGGAGGAGGUGCCUUCUCCGGCAAGGACUACACGAAGGUGGAUCGCUCUGCCGCCUACGCCGCUCGGUGGGUCGCCAAGUCCCUCGUCAAGGGCGGGCUUUGCAAGAGAUGCCUCGUCCAGGUGUCGUAUGCCAUUGGCGUCGCAGAACCCAUCAGCAUCAGCAUCUUCCACUACGGGACUUCCAAGUACACGUCCCAGCAGUUGCUACAAAUCGUGAACGAGAACUUCGACCUCCGACCUGGCCGCAUCGUCAAGGAACUCGGGCUGAAGAGGCCGAUCUACAGAGAGACCUCCUGUUACGGACACUUCGGCAGAGACCAGUUCCCGUGGGAACAGCCCAAGAAAUUAGUUAUUCCAAAAUGCAUGAAGUAGGUUUUUUCAUUCUAUUGAUUAGAUUAAUGUUAAUAUUUGAUUUUUUAAGAAAACUGUAUAAAUGAUUGUACCCACGGCGUGGCAGAAGAGUCAUUAGUAUAAGGUUUGUCACUAUGUUCUGUAAGAUAUGUGGUGCAUUAAAUGGUGAUCGCCAGCGUACCAGCGUGACAAGAACAGAAUCCAGAUAUUGCUCAGUCAUAAAAGUACUUCUAUGACGUGAUGCCCCUUUGGCAAAUGUGUUUUGAGUUGAAGGUUUUCUCGAUGCAUUUCUGAAUAUUUGUGGAAGGAUUUGUCUCCAAGACAACCCUAGGGCUUACGUAUACUUCUCAUUCCUUCAAGUUGAUUCCAUUUCUAAGAUCAGGUAUCAUCCUACUUUUUUUUAUCUAAAGCCUCCAAGAUAAGAGGACAGCUUCGAGGUGACCGAAGUUAUCACUUGGCGCAGACCACAUUACCUUUUUUCUACUCAAUUUAUUAAAAGUCUGCCAAAGUGGUCGUUUCCAUAGACCAAACAUUAAUCUAAAUCAUACUGUCCUGUGUUCGCUAUAUAUCUGCGCCGACUGCUGACUUCGGUGCUGUUCUAAAUACGACGCGAUGAAGUGUUGUAUAGUCCACUUUGUUAUGGUUAUGGAAAUUCAGAAGGGUAAGAACGCUGAAACACUCCGUUCACCUUCUAUGUACAAGGUCCUCGAUUCCAUAUUCCUGUAUUAUGAAUGGUAGGAUGGUUUUAUUAUUUUUUUCUAUUUUUUUCUUUCUCAAGAGGAUGUUAAUAUAUAGAUAUAGAUUUAUAUUUGUUACUGUGAACCUUUUGUGUGCAAUAAGCUUCAUGUUUAUAAAUGGGAUAAUAAAACUGUACAGGUAAACA